AUGGAAUUCCUGGGAUUUCGAGGAGGAAAACUCGCCGAUGCGCGUCUCGAGUUGAUCCACAUCAUCAAACUUCUUAUUUCUCAGAUGGUUUGACAGCGACAGGAGCAGGUAAUAAUUCGUUAGAGCCAGCGGUAUGAAGAGCGCAUCGGCCUGCUCUUAAAUAUGUAUGUUUCGCAGUGAACGCUUUGAAGAAACAACAAAGAUUUCAGAACAUGAUAACGAAAAUGUGCAGACUUAUGCGCCAACCUAAUAAUUGGAUCACAAAUUUUGGGCUUUCUUACAGCUUGACUCAUAUAAACUAUUCUUAUAGUGCUCGUGAUCGUCUGCACAUUGCUCAUCUUCGGUGCAGAGUCGGAUGA